GAUCAAACAGAUGUUUUUUGUUGUUGCUGUGCGUGGACUGUGGAACAUAAUUUUCCUCCGGUCUAGAGGGCUCAUUGAGACGUCCAUCGUUGGACUCCACAUGCAACGAUGGACACCGCAAUGCUGCUGAGGAUCCUGCUCCCUCGCAACGGCGGAGGAGCUCGCAUGUCGCGAUGGUCAGCCGGCGUUUUGAAAGCCGCUGUUCCGAGGCGAGUCGUGGUGACCGGCAUGGGAGUAGUUUCGCCGCUGGGCUGCGGAGUCCAGCACGUGUGGAUGCAGCUGCUAGAGGGUCAAUCUGGCAUUACCAAGCUGGAGUCCGAGAGCUUUGCCAAACUGCCUUGUCGAGUGGCCGCCCUCGUUCCGCGCGGCGCCACGGAGGAGCACAAGCUGGACCUUGAGAAGUUCAUCCCGAAGUCCGACCUCCGGACGAUGGCUCCGGCCACAGCCUACGCCUUGGUGGCAGCCCAAGAGGCCCUAGAUGACGCCCAGUGGCAUCCGAAGGACGAGCAAGGGCGCAACGAGACUGGCGUCUCCCUGGGAAUGGGCAUGGUCGACCUGGUGGACAUCGCAGACUCGUCGCAGCUGAUGUCCCAGAGAGGCCACAGCAGAGUCAACCCCUACUUUGUCCCCCGCAUCCUCCCCAACCUGGCCGCCGGACACCUGAGCAUGCGGUACGGCUUCCGCGGCCCAAACCACUGUUUGUCCACUGCCUGCGCCACCGGCUCGCAUUCGAUCGCCGACUCUGCGCGACUGAUCAGGGAGGGCUCGGCCAAGGUGAUGGUCUGUGGAGGGUGCGAGGCGGCGGUCAGUCCGCUGGCGAUCGCCGCCUUCUGCAGACUGCGAGCCCUGAGCACGGGGUUCAACGACGAGCCGACCAGGGCCUCCCGUCCUUUUGACAAGAGCCGCGACGGCUUCGUCAUGGGGGAGGGGGCGGCUGUGUUGGUGCUUGAGGACUUGGAGCAUGCUGUGUGCCGAAACGCACGGAUCUACGCGGAGGUGCUGGGGUACGGGUCGUCAGGGGACGCGCACCACCCGACGGCACCCUCCACCGACGGCCUCGGAGCAUCCUUGGCGGUACGAAGAGCUCUUGAGGUUGCAGACGUGGAACCGGAGGAGGUCGGACACGUCAACGCCCACGCCACCUCCACCCCCAUGGGGGACGAAGUGGAGAUCAAAGCUCUGAGACUGGUUUUUGGUGAUCACCUGGAGAAGAUCAGGAUUUCUGCCACCAAAGGCGCCCACGGGCACUUGCUUGGCGCGGCCGGCGCUCUGGAGGCGGUCUUUGUUGUCAUGGCGUGCCAGAGCGGUUGGGUGCCGCCGACCCUGAACCUCGACCUAAUCCCCGACGAUCUUUCCAAGCUGAACCUUGUCGCCAAGGAGAAGCAAAAGUGGGAAACUGGCGGCAGACGUGUGGCAUUAAAAAACUCAUUUGGCUUUGGUGGCACCAAUGUCACUCUGUGCGUCGCUCAAUACGAAGACUAAUGUUUGAAUGUAGUGCUGUGAUUUUUUGUAAUUAAAAUUUUAUUUUCACUGAACAUUUAAGUUAAACUAUAAAGCUGGGUUGACAAUUUGAAAUGAAAGAGUGUAUAUUAUUUUGGUACUACACAUUCAGAAUUAUAGUUUGAUCUUUAUAAUCAGUUUCAGUUUCAAACAUGGUAAUACUGCACUACACACAAUGAUGAAUGAUCAAGGCAAUGGUAUUGAAAUAUGUGAUGCAUUCAUAAUAUUUAAAAGAAAGAACAAACGGCGGCAGUUACCACAAUUCGGGACUGUGGCUUUGACAAUGCUUUGGCUGCAACUGCGUGAGAGUGAACGGACCUCCCCCGACUGUUCGCUCUCACGCAUUAAAUCAUUUUAACCUAACAACUCUGUACAAUCAAUUAAAACAAACUAGGAAACAAAUUUAAAAAUAUGCUUUCAGCAGGACAAUCAAUAAUAGCGUAAUGAACAUCAAUAAAGUGGCUAUGUCUCCCUUUUAAAAAUUAGAAACUCAAAUCUUGCUUCGGCGAUUUAGAUCAAAAGUAUCAAACUCUGUGAAUUAUUCACACCAACGACUAGUAAACAACAUAAAAAUUAAUUAUUUGAGGUAAAUAUUUCCGUUCUAUGAUGGCAUAGUUGAAAGCAGUUACGUAAUGCAAGUAAAUUAGCCCAGAAAUAUAACAAUGACACUUUCCAUUUAUAUGCGUGAUAAACAUAUACAUAAUGAGAUACACUUUCAAUGUGACGACAGAAUUUCUAUAAAUUUGAAUCAAAACCUCGCGCCUUGCGUUUUUCUCGCCAACACUCGAUAAAUAAUGAUUCCAUGCUCUAAAAUAGUGUUCGUUCAGAUUUCAAUCGUCGGUUAAAAAAUUUGGUAAAGCUCAUUUACAAGAGUGGAGAAAAUAUCUGUACCGAACGGGUACACCUAGAGACAAAAUACAGGCGAGUCGACGCUACUGCUUCCGAGGUUGUAAUAAGGGUUAGUCUAGAAUGAUGAAUUACAAUGGAGAGCUGGUGUGAACCGCCAGUAAAUUUUUGUACACCACAGUGCAUGAUCAUUUCACCAAAUACACAACAGAGUCGUUUUCUCAAUAACUACAACAAA